AUGUAUACGUUACCUUCUACGAAAACCUUUGUUGAGCUCAACCUGGAUCAAAAAAGCGAAUGCCUCGCUCAUUUGUUUGAACCCUGUCAAACUUUGGCAAACCUUCUCAUACAAAAUGUCUUCAACCGAAACUACCAGAGUUACAAUGACUUCAUUGAAAGCUGUCGAGCAUUCCUCCUUCUGUUCUUAGAGAAAGAGCAAAGCAAACGUGAAGUUCUGCCCGAUAUUGCUCAGAUCAUAUCGGCACAUCCUAGACUCGGUCCCUCGAAAGACAAGCUCUCUUCUCAUUCAUCGUCUGAACAGAAAUCGCUUGCUGGAAGCCAAGAAGAGUCACAGAAAUUGGCAUCUUUGAAUGCUCUUUAUGAAGAAACGUUUCCGGGCCUUCGGUAUGUCGUCUUUGUCAACGGCAGAUCUAGAGAGACAAUAAUGGAAAAUAUGAGGAGCAGAAUUGAGAGAGGAGAUAUACAACUAGAAAGAAAGGAGGCUUUUAAUGCCAUGUGUGAUAUUGCCAUCGAUAGAGCAGAAAAGUUGGAAUCAAAGCUAUGA